AUGUCCGUCGCCCGGUUCGCCCGCGCUGUCCCGCGCCCGCUCGUCGCGCGCCGGACGCUCGCCACCGACGCGCACCACCACGACCAUCACCACCACGGUGCGGCUGACACCAACGAGUACCCGAAAGCCACCGUCUUCACCUCUACUUCCCGCAACAUUGCACUCUCCCUCGCGGCAUUUGGCGCCUGGCUCUGGUUUGGUCCCGAGAACACCGACCAGAACACCCUCACGCGCGUCCUGAAGAGCUCAGCAGCUUCGCAGGAGGACGUCACGGAGGCGAACGCGGCUAACUUUGCCAAGCGCCAUGCUGCGUCCGAGGCAAAGCUCGUCUUUAACAGCGCGCGCCAGCCGUCCGUGCACCGUUUCCGCACACCAAUGAUCAUGGACGUCGCGUCGGCUUACUCUGUCCCGGUGGGCUCCGUGAAUAUGGCUGGUGUCGUUCCCAAGCGCGCUGGCGAGUACUAG